AAUAUUGUAUCUGGUUGAGCUGGAACAAAUUUUAACUACAAUAUACACUAUACUGUUGAAUAGUUUAAUCUAUAACAAUGCAACAUAUUUUGAGAAUUCAUCAUAUGUUUUAUAUGUAAAAUCUUAACUUGCAAAGUAAUUAUAGCUAACCAUCCCCAUCACAGUUAAGACCACCAGUGUUCAGCAUGUGAUGGCACUGUGUGGUAACUACUAGCUGCUCGUGUCUAUGCUAAAAUGACAGAAUGAUAUGUUGUACACAAAUGUUCAUGAAACAAACAGACAUGACACAUGGCACUGUCUAUUGUCUGAUUACACUCAAACUUAGAGACAAAACACACUCAACGCUGAACUCUCUGAGUGGGAUGGAGCUGUUGUUCAUUGUAUUCAGUGGUUUUAACUGUUCCAGAUAAAGCUCCAUUCUCAACAGGCACUGACACAGCACAUCCACCACACCUGUCUUUCACCCACGUUUACCUGCAUGUUCCCCAAAAUACACCACAGGUCACUGAAGAGAUGACUCUUUGCUGGACUGAGGUCAGUCUACUGGUGAAACUGGCACUGAAGAGUGAUAACCCUCUGCAAGAUGAGGAAUGCAGUUCUGCUGUUUGUCGUGGGGUUGUGUGUGUUGAACAUCACAUCUUCCCUGAAAAUCUGCGCAUUCAAUGUUCAGAGCUUUGGUGAAUCAAAGUCAAACAACAAGAAGGUUAUGGGGAUUCUACUAAAGAUUCUUUCUCGGUGUGACUUGUGUCUUAUUCAGGAGGUCCGUGACUCUAAAGGAGAAGCAAUACAAGCUUUGGUUAAGAAUCUUAACAGAUUUGACAAAUCCAACUCAUACUCCUAUGUGGAAAGUGAAAGGCUGGGGAGGAAGACCUACAAGGAGCAGUACGUCUACAUAUACAGGAACACUGUGCUGCAGGUCAAAGAGCAUUAUCAGUAUCCUAAACUAGAAGGAGAAGGGACCAAUGUAACUGAUGUUUUCUCCAGACAGCCUUUCAUCGUUCGUUUUUACUCCCCUACUACAUUGGUGAAGGAUUUUGUCCUGAUUGGGCAGCACACCUGUCCCAAAAAUGCCAUGAAAGAGAUUGACGAACUGUAUACUGUCUUCAAAAGAAUUUACAAGAAGUGGAAGACUGAUAAUGUGAUGAUUUUAGGGGACCUCAACGCCGGCUGCAGCUAUGUCACCAUCAAGGGCUGGAGAGCUGUGCGCUUGAGGAGUGACCCCAAGUUUCGCUGGCUAAUUGGAGAUGAGCAAGACACUACAGUCCGUGAAAAGACACACUGUGCCUAUGACAGGAUCAUUGUCCAUGGACGUGAGAUUAUUUCCUGUGUAGUACCAGGUUCAGCUCAACCGUUUGACUUUAAAAAGAAUUUCCGUCUCACCGAGGAGGAGGCUCUUGAGGUGAGUGAUCACUUUCCUGUUGAAGUUGACCUGAAGCCCAACCACCGCUACCUCCUUCGCAAUGAGCUGUAGACCAUUUAGGACAACCAUCAACAAACCAGGAUGUCUUGAUUUUAAUUGUAGUUUUACUUGAUUUUAGCUGUUAAAAUAAAUUAGUACCAAACAGAA